UUGGGGAAUGAUAGGACCUAGAUUGUAAUAAGUGUGUUUGUAAAGAGCUCAAGGUCAGUAGCAGCUUCGGGUCCGUGUUCACGUUGGCAGUGACCGCUCGGGCGGGAGGAGAUACAACCAUCUCUUUACGUUAUUAUAUCAAGGGCCGAACAUUUGGCUCAUCAAAGCUAAAUGCCGCAAGACCUAUCUAGUUGCUUUGAAUUAUACCCAGGCGACAAUGGAGUGCUUUUUUUAAAUGGUACAAUGCAUUUCACCUCGCAGAUAGGGGGGAGUGGAAGCUAAAACAUGAGCCUGCCCUGUGAUGUCGUUUUGUGAUCAGUAUCAGCCGGAGUGUUUAUCCCUAAAGAGGCAGAUUAAAUAAAAGAUUCUUUCUCGGGGAUGUACGCGGUGCCGUUAGCGGCGCAAUGUUUAAAGGACAAACGUGACACACUGGGACACUAUUUCCCCCUCGCUACAAGAAAAUGAACAAGUCAAUCAUAUGGACGCCUCAUUAUUCAUUGAACACAAUCUUUUACAACGCUUCAUUUACACCGAGAGUUUCUUCAAUGCUUUGCCUUUACAAUUAAGGUUGCCAGCCAUGACCCAUCAUCAUUGAUCUGUGAGGGUCUGGGAACCAGAGGCUGGAAUCUUGGCAUGAAGAUUGGCACAGUUGCCCUCUGAUCGCUCAGCCAGACACAAUCGUGAGAGCAAAGUGAAAAUCCUCCUGUCAAAAGCCUUUGGCGUUCAGAGCCCAGCGUUCCAAUCACUGGUGAUCUACAACCAGUCAGACUGUCCUAACACAAGUAUGCAGCCCCCUUGCUAAGGGAUGGAGGAAGCAAGCCUGUGCCUUGGUGUAUCUUCAGCAGUGCCUGAGACUGAUGUACAGCUCAACAAGCCUGUACUGAAUGGCCAGUAUCCCAUCAGCCAGAAGCUGCACCAAUUGACCACGCAACUGGGCCAUGCCUUCCCUGAGCUGCAGAGCAGAGGCAACUUGGAGGAGAAGACAGCGAGUAUCGUCCUGGAGGGGAACCGCCAACACACAGCAGCCAACCAGCCCAUCAGCAACCAAAUGACUCUGCUGGCCAACCAGCUGAACACGGACAUUGAUGCCAGCUUGGGGAUGAAUGGUCGCGUGGACUUACAGCACUUUUUGAAUGGCCAGAACCUUGGCAUCAUUUCGCAGAUGAACGGGAUGGACGAUGAUGCCAAGAAGUCUAGGAAGUACCCGUGUCCAAUCUGUGGCAAGCGUUUCCGCUUCAACAGCAUCCUGUCCUUACACAUGCGCACGCACACGGGCGAGAAGCCCUUCAAAUGCCCCUACUGUGACCACAGGGCAGCUCAGAAAGGCAACCUGAAGAUCCACCUGCGUACCCACAAGCUGGGCAACCUGGGCAAGGGGCGUGGACGGGUGCGGGAGGAGAACCGGCUGUUGCAUGAGCUGGAGGAGAGGGCUAUCCUGCGGGACAAGCAGAUGAAGAGCGGUCUGGGGGUGGCCAGAGUGGACGGCAAACCUCACCAGGCCGUGCUCAGCUCGGGCAGCUUGACCGCGCCAGUCAGCCAAGGUGGUGCUGAUGCCUCCACCGCAGUGACCACCCCCAAGCCCGCGGGUGGUCAGGAGGAAGGGGCUACAGCCACCAUGGUGGGCUUCAAAUGCACCUUCUGCAAGGGCAAGUUCAAGAAGCGCGAGGAACUAGAGAGACACAUCCGCAUUCUGCACAAACCCUACAAGUGCACUCUCUGCGAGUUUGCUGCCUCUCAGGAGGAGGACCUCAUCAGCCACGUGGAGAAAGCACACAUCACGGCUGAGGCCGUGCCAGGGCAAGGAGCCAGCGGCAACGGCGAACAGCCCGCCAACGAGUUCCGUUGCGAGGUGUGUGGCCAGGUCUUCAGCCAGGCCUGGUUCCUGAAAGGCCACAUGAGGAAGCACAAGGACUCCUUCGAGCACAGCUGCCAGAUCUGUGGACGGAGGUUUAAGGAGCCUUGGUUCCUCAAAAACCACAUGAAGGUCCAUCUGAACAAACUGGCCGUCAAGAACCCCCCUCCAAGUGAGCCCGAGGUACCUGAGAACCUGAACAACAUGGUCCCAGAAUCCCACUCCAAUGUCUACUCUGCCUAUGUGUCCUGUUUACAGAGUGGCUUCUUGUCUCCUGAUAAGUUGAGCUUACAUGAACAGAGCCAGCUGCAUUACAGCAAAGCCGAGUUGGCUCGGAAGGAGAAGGAAAUGCUUGGGAAGCUCCUGGUGCCUGUAGGCAGCGCGGCCCGUGGUCUGAUAGAGGCAGAAAAGAGGUCUCUGUUGGGGUGUUUGACCUUGGCACCUCCUCUGAAGUCGAACUGCAUGGAGCGGCUGCAGGCGGUGGCCCGCGUGGCUGAGUUUGACCCUGUGAACAGCUACCAUGCCUGGCAGCUGGUGACCAGAGGGAUGGUGAUGGAACCCAAGAAACAUCUCCACCUUGGGCAGGAGGAAGCCCAGCCCAGUGCAGGGGCCAGCCUGGACAAGGACAAGAGAGGGAUCAUCUUCACAGCCGGGGAGAAAACAAAACAGAAGUUGGAUGGGGAUCUGAUCCAAAGCCCAAAAAGAACCAACAUGAAUGACCUUUCUGGUAAAAAUGAUCUGAUGGGAAGCAGAGAGUUCAUGACACAAGGAAUGGGUCAAGGUCUGGAAUAUAAGAUUGGUGGAUUAGGGCAAAACCACACAACAAUGAAGGAAAAGCCAACAGAGUGUCCCGACUGUGGGCGGGUGUUUCGAACCUACCACCAGGUGGUUGUACAUUCCAGAGUACACAAGAAGGGGAAGAAGAUGGGAGAUGAAGGAGUCCAAGGUGUUCAGGAUGAACGGCGUGGGUCUGGGAGUGACCAGGACUCCCAAUCUGUGAGCAGGUCCACCACCCCUGGGUCAGCCAACGUGACGGAGGACAACCUGACACCAGGAGCGUAUUCAGUGACGGGGAGCACACAGGAGGAUAGCCCCAACCCACCUUCUCCAUCUUCAGAUCUAGGAGAGGAGUUGGGAAGGACUGCAGGAACUCACCAGCCUUCUCUGCUGCUGAGGGACCGAGCCCAUGGAUCUGCUACCCGCGAUUGUCCCUACUGUGGCAAAUCGUUCCGAACCUCCCACCAUCUGAAGGUCCAUCUGCGCAUACACACAGGAGAGAAGCCGUAUAAGUGUCCUCAUUGUGACUACGCUGGGACCCAGUCUGCAUCACUGAAGUACCACCUGGAACGUCACCAUCGGGAGCGGCAGAAUGGAACAAGUCCUCUGAUGGGGCAGACACAUGCUCGGCAAGAACAGUCUGAUGACCCAGCAGCCAAGACUCAGAUGUUCAUCAGACCAGAGAUCCUGAGAGGGGUUAUGAAAAGUGUUCCUGGAUCUGAUUCUAGGGGUGGCCUGACUCCUCAGCAAUGGCCUCUGGGUGUGCUUCCCUCCACAGAGUGCCAAGCCCAUGGACCCAGUUGCACGUUGGAGCAGCAUUGUGACAAUCUCAAACCCACUGCUGAGGUGUCUGGGGAGGAGACGCCAAGCCUCUCCGAUCUUAGCCGAGCUUUCCAGAGCCUCGCCGGCAAUGGAGCCAACUUCCAAGGGUCAUUGCAAGCUUUCAUUGACACCUUUGGACUGAGAUCCUUGGAGAAAGAGAAGGAAAUGUUAGCCAGAGCGUACGGAGCAUCCACCAGCGUAAAGCCUUCCAACUCAAAACCAACACUGGAGAAACACACAAAGAACGCAGGCUCUGACGAGAGUGCAGGAAUGGUUGAAGAUCAGUCUUCCGAGGAGAAAUCUAUCAUCAAAUCCAAGUCAACCGCAGAAAAAUCCCAGUACGAACCUUUGGAUUUGUCUGUGAGACCUCCAUCGCAUGAUUGUGUCUCAAUCCCUGGUGCAUCCAUCACCGUUCAGGACAAUAUCACUUGGCAUGGUUGUCUCUUCUGUUCCUUCACAACUUCCUCAAUGGAACUAAUGGUUCUUCACCUGCAAGCUAAUCACCUGGGGAAAUCUAAACGGAAAGAACAUCUAUCUGGAGCAGCUGGAAACGAUCUUCAAGGAGAGUCUUCAUCUGUGGCCAAGAAAACUUGUUUGUCCAUUUCUCCUGUGGUUCCUAAGAAAGAUAUCAUCACAGCAAAAUUACUCGACAAGGAUGACUCCUCCCCUGAAAAAGUAUCUCAACAAGGCCAAUCUGCUGAAUCUAUGGGCGAUCACAAGAAGUCUUACUCGAGUCCAGUGGACUCCAGUCUGAGCUCCCUAGUCACUGACUUUUACAAACAAUUUCACAAAUAUUCAACUAGUAGCAGCCCAGGGACAUCAAUGCUGAGUUCCACCCAUGAUAAUGAACUGAAAUAUCUUCCUAGUAACGUGCUGAGUCUAGUUUCACCAGGGGCCUCGAGCUUGAGCCCGUCUGGUGAAAUGGGUGAAGCGGAGUGCAGUGAUGAUGCAGAGUCCGUCAAUGAUCAAGAUGCAGAAGAUCAAGAUGUACUAGUUGACGCCAACCGGCCACCGCCAACCUCCGCCGAAGAAACGUCCGAUGAAGAAGAGCUGAUUGACAGUGCAUCUCUCUCACAAGUCUCACAGGGUCUUCUCAGCUCCAUGGGUAAACAACAAGGUGGACCUUGGCUUCUGCCAUCUCCCAAUGUACCACCAGGCCAGGCCCAGGUGCCUUCUCCGCUGGACCAACAGGUGGACAUGCUGUCAGUUCUGAGAGCUUACAGCACUGAGAACAUGGUGGCUUCCAAUGGUCCAGGAGGUAGCUCCACUUCCAACAGUAGCAGCAUUAAGCGAGCAGAUUCAGCAGCUACAAACUCGGACCACCAGCUAACAUGUGUCGUAGAAGAUGGAAUGACAGCUCUGACUAAUGCAAGGGAUCAGAACAAUGCAGGUACCCGGCCGUUCCAGUGCAGAUACUGCCCCUACAGUGCCUCGCAGAAGGGUAAUCUGAAGACACAUGUGUUGUGCGUGCACCGAAUGCCUUUUGACAACAGCCAGUAUCCAGACCGCAGGUUCAAACGGUCCAGAGUCGACACGGAGGCUACUGGGAUUGCAGAAGAAGCAGGUUGUGUGAACACAGGGAACUGCGGUGAACUGCCGCUGGAAGCUAGUCACGACCAAGACUAGUCCAGGGCAACGAGACAAUUACCCAGCUAGUCACGACCAAGACUAGUGCAGGGCAACGAGACAAUUACCCGCAAUAUACGGUUUUUUUACUGAGCUUUUUGUUUUGACAUGUAGUCAGAAUGAACAAAUGUUUGUGGAAUUCCAAGGAAAGAACUGGUGGUCUGUUUUUAAUAUAUAUCUAUCUAUAUAUGUA